AUGUUUCGUCCUAGAAUAUCGAGUCCAUCGUACAGAAUAAUAUCGUUCCGUCGGUUUCAAUCUCAGUUCAACGUUGCCAUAAUAGGUUCAGGUCCUGCUGGGUUUUAUACUGCACACCAUCUAAUUAAUAAAGAUAAAAAUGUUAAAGUUGAUAUUUUUGAAAAAUUACCUACUCCAUUUGGAUUAUCAAGGUAUGGUGUUGCUCCAGAUCAUCCUGAAGUUAAGAAUUGUGAAGAUACUUUCAAUGAAGUUGCCAAUAAAACUGAUCAAUUUAAAUUCUUCGGUAAUGUUACAGUGGGUAAAGAUAUUUCAUUAGAAGAAUUGAAUAAAAGAUAUAAUGCUAUAGUGUUCUCUUAUGGCUGUACGCAAGAUAAUCAUUUAGGAAUUCAAGGUGAAAAUUUACCUGGUGUUAUUAGUGCAAGAAAGUUUGUUGGUUGGUAUAAUGGAUUACCUGAAUGUAAAGAUUUAAAUCCUCCAUUAGAUCAAGUUGAAAAUGUUGUGAUUAUAGGGAAUGGUAAUGUUGCAAUAGAUGUUGCAAGAAUAUUACUUACACCACCUGAAAAUUUGAAAAAAACAGAUAUAGCUUCAAAUGCUAUUAAUUUCUUACAAAAAUCUAAUUUAAAAAAUGUUAAAAUUGUUGCAAGAAGAGGUUUUUUGGAAAGUGCAUUUACAAAUAAAGAAAUUAGAGAAUUAUUAGAAUUAGAACAAUUUGGUAUCAAAUUUGAAGGUAUUGAUUCUAAAAUAUUUGAUCCAAUUGUUCCAUUCAAGAAAAAAUUCGAUAGAGUUGUAUCAAGAAGAAUUGAUUUAAUUUUAAAUGCAAUGACUCCACCAAAUCAACGUAAAAGAUUAAAAUAUUCAAUACCUGAAUUAUCCACAAAGACAUGGUCUUUAGAAUAUUUGAAAACUCCAAUGGAAAUAUAUCCAAAUUCUACAAAUUCAAAUUUGGUUUCUUCAAUAAAAUUUCAAGAAAAUAAAUUAUAUCAUGAUGAACCUGAUUCACCAGCUAAAGUUAAACCAAUUCCAAAUGAAACAAAUUUAUUAAAAUCUGAAUUAAUAAUUACAAGUAUUGGUUAUAAAGGUAUUCCUAUACCAGGUAUGGAGAAAUUAAGUAUUGUAUUCAAUGACAAAAAAGGUACAGUAUUAAAUGAAAAUGGUCGGUUAAUUGAUAAUUCUGGAAUUCCCUUACCAGGUUUAUAUUCAUCAGGAUGGAUUAGAAAAGGUUCAGCUGGGGUGAUUGCAUCAACAAUGAUGGAUUCUUUCACCACAGCGGAUUUGAUUCUAAAAGAUUAUCAAGAUGGAUUAUUAAAUAAAGAUUCUAAUACUGAAGAUUUAUCAUUAAAAAAUUCUGUUAAUUGGGAUGAUUGGGAAAGGUUAAAUAAAUUUGAAAAGAGAUUAGGUGAAUCUUUAGGGAAACAUAGAUUUAAAAUUCAAAAUGUUGGAAAAAUGUUGGAAAUUAUUAGAGAUGAUUCCAAAAAUGAAGAUGAACAAUUUGAAAAAUUUAAAUCUCAAUUCAUCAAUUAG